AAGGCUGCCAAAGGAAAGUGCAAAAAGGUUCCCAGCCCAGGGAGAGAAGCGGGUGCAGUCAGGCUCGGGCAGGCAGGGAAGCAGCGCUGGAGGGAAGCGGGUGGGGAGCAGAGCGGAUCCGAGCCGAGCAGCAGAGCAGGGAGGUGGGACACGAGCGGGACGGAGCGAGGAGCGGGGCCAGCAGCCAGCACGGGCCCCUGGCCAACAGCGGCUGGGCUGGACAGGACCGAAACGCGGGCACUGCCUUAAAUCCCCCCGGUGGGCGCUCCCUGGCCAGCUCGGCUCCGGGCAGAGCCUUGACUUUGAGACCCCCUGGAGCCCACGCAAGACGUGGCCGCGGAGGGUUGCAGAGGGUCUCAGGAGGACUCAGGGUGGUCCCAGCAGGGCUCCCAAAGGACAUUCCGGUCAGUUCCCAGGAAUUCCCCCGUCCCCUCCCCUCCCCCGCGCUGCCUCGGGCACUGUCGCGUCUCCCAACCUGCGGCGGCGGGAUCUGCCCGGUGACCGGUGACGUCACGGCCGAGUCGGGUUGCCAUUGGUGCAGAAGAAGUAGCGGCGCCGGACGCUGCUGUGUGGGCGGGGCCAGCGGAGCAGCGCGAUGGCUCCAGCGCUGGGGCUGGGGGCGCUCCUGGCGCUCCUGGGGGUCUCGGGGGGGCAGCCCGAGGUUCUCCACUCCCUGCGUUUCCUGAGCGUGGCCAUGUCAGAGCCUGGCCUGGGGGUCCCCCAGUAUGUGGCUGUGGGGUACCUGGACAGGACCCCCUUCCAGCGCUACGACAGCGAGCGGGGCCGGGCGGAGCCGCAGACGCCGUGGAUGGCGGCCGGAGCCGAGCCGGGAUAUUGGGAUGGACAGACCCAGAUCCACAGGGGGAACCAGCACGUGGCCAUCACCAACGUGGAGAUGCUGCGGGGCCGGUACAACCAGAGCGGGGGUCUCCACACGCUGCAGCGGGUUUGUGGCUGUGACCUCCUGUCCAACGGGAGCAUCAACAGAACCCUUCGGUACGGCUACGACGGGCGGGAUUUCAUCUCCUUCGACCUGGGAUCCGGGAGCUUCGUGGCGGCCGAUGGAGCUGCCCAGAUCACCCAGAGGCGCUGGAAAUCCGAAGGGUACGAGGCUCUUCAGCACGAGCUGGCACAGAGCUGUGUGGAAGAGCUCCAGAAAUACAUCAGAUGUGGGCAGGAGGCGCUGGAGCGCAAAGAUCCCCCCGAUGUCCACGUGUCCGGGAAAGAGGAACACGGGAUCCUGACGUUGUCCUGCCACGCGUACGGAUUCUACCCCGGGAUGAUCGGGAUCAACUGGCUGAAGGGGGAUGAAGUGCGGGAUCAGGAGACGGAGUGGGGCGGGAUCGUUCCCAACAGCGACGGCACCUUCCACAGCUGGGCCAGGAUCGAGGCGCUGCCGGGGGAGCGGGAGCAGUACCGGUGCCGGGUGGAGCACGCCGGAAUGCCAGAGCCCGGGAUCUUCGCCUGGGAGCCGGAAUCCGUCUGGAAUUUCAGCCCAGUGUUGGUGGCUGUGUCCGUCAUCGCUGCCAUCAUCAUCAUCAUCGGCCUCGUGGGAGUCGGUGUCUGGAAGCUCCGAUCCGGGAAGAGGGAGGGGAAUGGAUACGACCCCGCGCCCACCAGUGAGUCCCAGCAGCGUGUGUGGAUCCAGAUCCUCUGGGCAGGGAUCCCAGGAUGGAUGCCGGGAUUCCAGAGGGGAAUGGGGACCUAAUGGCUGGAGCGGGAUUGGAAGGGGAUUCCAGCUCAGGGCAGGAUUCCAGAGUGGGAUCAGGUGGAAUUGUGGACUGGGAUCAGGGCUGGAUUCUGGAGUGAGAUUGGCGUGGGAUUGACAGAGCAGGAUCAGGAGGGAUUCCAGAGCAGUUCCUGCUCUCCAUGGGCUCCACAGCCAGAUCCAUCCCCUGGGAUGGGAACAGGGACAUGGUGACUCCUUUCCCCACUCUCAUCCCAGCAGGAAUCCCAGCCUGAACGAUCCUGGAGCUGGAUCCGCCCCUUCCCUCUCCCUGCGGAAAGGCAGGAGCUGCUGGCAGAGCUCAUCCCGCUGCUCCCACCCACCCCGGCCCCCCUGCGGCUUUUCCCCAUGGAUCAACUUCCUGCUUUUUCCCAUGUGAAACUGUCAGAGACUGAACAGUCAAUGAUUUCUGCAUUCUGGGAUUGCCAGGAGACUUUUGCCGGCUUUUGCAGGACUUUGGCAUUAUCCCUCUGGUGGGCAGCUGGGCCCAUCUCCCCCUCCAGUGCUGCUGAAGGUGUCAAGCCCUGGAAAGGAGAGAAGAACCGAGUUUACCAGGCCCCUCAUGGGAACUCUGCUCUGGGCUGUCCGAGGUGUUGGGGGUUCAUGGCAUGGCCCAUCAAAGCCCAUCCUCCCCUCUGCCAAUCUUGGAAGGUGGGAAAAAACCUUUUCCCUGCCCCUCACAGGAACUCUGGGCAGGCCUGGGAGACGUUGGGGGUUCGUGGCAUGGCCCGGGACAUUGUCCAUGGAUAUAAUAACUCAUAACUUCCCUGAGUGUGGGGGCUUCCCUCCCUCACCCCCAACGGAUCAAGGCCACCACUUCAACUGACAGACAUGGAAGCUGCAACUACCAACUUCCAUCGCUGGACCCCGUGGGCAGUGACUAUAGACAUCUUUCCAUUCUCAGCUUUUCUUUCCCUUCCUCUCCCUUACCCUUCUCCUGUCUUUCCUUUCUCUCCCUUAUGCAUUUUCCCCAAAGGUUCUCUUUAUGCCAUAUUGCUGUAGAUGACAGAUACAGAUGAUUUAACACCCAAAAUGGCAACGUACCUGUUUACCUUUGAAACAAAACUGUUCUAAAAUAAACCCUACAUAUGUAAGUUUUCAAA